UACCAAGGAGAAUCAUAAAGCCAUCAAGACCGAAAGAAAAUUGGGAAAUCCCGACUCGAGAAACAUAAACCCUUUUGCUUCCUCGUACUAUUAGUAAGUGGCAAUGGCGGAGCACUUAGCCUCGAUAUUUGGAACAGAAAAAGACAGGGUAAACUGCCCCUUUUACUUCAAGAUCGGAGCCUGCCGCCACGGCGACCGUUGCUCCCGACUCCACACCAAGCCCAGCAUUAGUCCUACUCUCUUGCUCUCCAACAUGUACCAGAGGCCCGAUAUGAUCACCCCUGGUGUUGACCCUCAAGGCCAGCCCCUCGACCCUAAAAAAAUCCAACACCAUUUCGAAGAUUUCUACGAAGAUUUAUUCGAAGAGCUCAGCAAGUACGGGGAGAUUCAAAACCUCAAUAUCUGCGAUAAUUUGGCGGACCACAUGGUGGGCAAUGUAUAUGUGCAGUUUAGAGAGGAAGAUCAUGCGGCCGCCGCGCUUCAGAACCUUAGUGGGCGAUUCUACGCAGGCCGUCCAAUAAUCGUGGACUUCUCCCCAGUGACGGAUUUCCGUGAGGCUACUUGUAGGCAGUAUGAGGAAAAUGUUUGCAAUCGAGGUGGCUACUGCAAUUUUAUGCAUCUGAAGAAGAUAAGCAGAGAAUUGAGACGCCAGUUAUUUGGGAGGAGUAAGAGGAGGCGCAGCCGCAGUCGAAGUAGAAGUGCUAGUCCUCAGCGUCAGUUCAACUAUGGGGAGCGUCCGCGGGGUGGUCGUGGUUUUCCUAGAAGAGGUGAUCAUCUCGCCCAUGAAAGGAGCAGGAGGCCUAGAAGUAGGAGUCCUGGACGAAGGGGUGGACGAAGCAGAAGCCCCGGGGGAAGGAGAAAUCGGAGUCCUAUUAGGGAGGGAAGCAUUGAGAGAAGGGCAAUGAUUGAACAAUGGAACAAGGAAAGGGAACAGGACGGGGGUUUCACUAAAAGUUAUAACAGCAGUCCUGGGGAGAGGAGAAAUAGGAGCCCAACUAGAGAAGGCAGUGCAGAGAGAAGGGCAAUGAUUGAGCAAUGGAACAGAGAAAAGGAGCAGGCAGACUCUGCAAAAGGUAGCAGCAGUUUUGUCACCAAUAAUGGCAGUGGUGGUGGUGGGAAGACGGAACAUUCAUCCAAUGAUGAAUAUCAGAAGCAUCAAGAGGAAGAUGGAAAUCAUGGUUACUGAUGUACAGGUAUCCUUUCUUGCGAAGCCCCCGGCUUAUCUGAAUCUGGCUUACUGAGAUUUUUGCUUGCAGGUCGUUUUUCCUGUCUAGGAAGCAAGUUAUGCAGACUAGAAGCAUUUCAAGUGAAGGAAUAUCAAUCCACACCGUGAGAUUGUUGUUUUUUUUUUUUUUUUUUUUGAAACAAACCAAAACACGAUCCUUGCUGUAUCAUUAAGCAUUUUUUAGGAAUGUUCUUGAUUCAAGUCAGUGGUCUAUACAAAUAUCCUCGGUGAUGGUAGUAAGCGGGCUUGCUUUCAGCUCAAGGAUGUGAAUUGAAGGUUAUUAGGUGAUUUACUCGCGGUCGUGUGAUUCUUCCGUACGACUCCGUUUUAGUCAACCAAAUAGCUGAAACGGUGAAGUAUAAGGUGAUUUGCUUGCGCGAAUGUGAUUCUUCUGUGUAAACACCUUUCCUGUCGUCCAAAUAGCUGUUUGUGUAGACGUGUAUUGCUAUAUGUAUGGAUAUAAGAUAUUUGUCAACCGCUUACAUUUGUUCUAUUUGUUUUGUUUGAAAUAUCAGUAGUGUAUGUUAUAUGCGGGUUCAUCUGGUUAACUAUUAUUAGCAAUUGGUGUGGCCCUUUGAACUGUGUCACUGCUGAGACGCCCUCCUUCCUUAAUGCUAAGAGCAUUUGG